GGCGUUUCCGGGAAGAUGGCGGCCGCGGGCGCAGCUGCCGAGCCGGUCCCGGCGACGACGGCGGCGGCGAAGGACGACGAAGAGGAGGAGGAAGAGGAGUCGCUGCCGCCGUGCGAGGCCGUGCGCUGGGCCCCGGUCGGGGCGGUGGCGGCGGCCGAGGAGGCGGGCGCGGCCCCGGGCUCCCCGCCCGACUCGCCCGGCCGGACGCUGCGGCGGCUGCGGGCCGAGCGGCGGCGACUGGACUCGGCGCUGCUCGCGCUGUCCUCGCACUUCGCGCAGGUGCAGUUCCGCCUGCGCCAGGUGGUGCGCGGGGCGCCGGCCGAGCAGCAGCGCCUCCUGCGCGAGCUCGAGGACUUUGCCUUCCGCGGCUGUCCUCACGUCCUGGGUUACGGGGGACUCGAGGACCCCGCCGGCGACGAGGGGGACGGGCUGCCGGGGGACCGGCCACGGUGGCGGGGCGAGGAGCAGAGUGAGCAGGAGAAACAGGAACGCCUGGAAACGCAACGAGAGAAACAGAAGGAACUGAUACUGCAGCUCAAAACCCAGCUGGAUGACCUGGAAACAUUCGCCUAUCAAGAGGGCAGUUAUGACUCCUUGCCACAGUCCAUGGUCCUGGAAAGACAGCGGGUGAUCAUAGAUGAGCUAAUAAAGAAACUGGACAUGAACCUGAACGAGGACCUCAGCUCACUGUCCACAGAUGAGCUUCGGCAGCGUGUGGAUGUGGCUGUGGCACAGAUUGUCAACCCUGCCCGAGUGAAAGAGCAGUUGGUCGAGCAGCUGAAAACUCAGAUCCGAGACCUCGAGAUGUUCAUCAACUUCAUCCAAGAUGAAGCAGGCAGCCCUGUGCCAUCAGAGGGUGGACACUGUGAGUGCAGGGCUGCAGGGAAGGCAGCGAACGGUGCCACCAGGACUGGUAGCAGACGGCCUCCAGGAAAUGGUAAAACGAAGGCAGACGACAUGAAGAGGGCACAGGAGACUGGGCUGCAUCUGAUGCGCCGGGCGCUGGCCAUGCUCCAGAUCUUUGCCGUUAGCCAGUUCGGUUGUACCACUGGCCAGAUCCCACAAACCCUGUGGCAGCGGGGCCAGGCCGACACAGACUACUCGCCCUUACUCAAGAGACUGGAGGCGUCCGUCGACCGAGUGAAGCAGCUGGCCUUGCAGCAUCAGCCACACGGCCACGUCAUCACUUCAGCCAACCUCCAGGACCUCGCCCUGGGAGGCAAGGACGAGCUGACCAUGGUCGUGCGGAAGGAGCUGACGGUGGCAGUGAGGGACCUGCUGGCCCAUGGGCUGUACGCCUCCUCCCCAGGGAUGAGCCUGGUCAUGGCCCCCAUUGCUUGUUUGCUGCCCGCCUUCUCCUCAGCCCCAGAGGCCAUGCAUCCCUGGGAGCUCUUUGUCAAGUACUACCACGCUAAGAACGGCCGUGCCUACGUGGAAUCCCCAGCCCGGAAGCUCUCCCAGUCCUUCGCGCUGCCUGUUGGAGGAGGCACCGCUGUGACCCCCAAGCAGAGUCUGCUGACGGCCAUCCACAUGGUGCUGACAGAACACGACCCUUUCAAGCGCAGUGCAGACUCCGAGCUGAAGGCCUUGGUGUGCAUGGCGCUGAACGAGCAGCGUCUUGUGUCCUGGGUGAACCUCAUCUGCAAGUCAGGGUCACUCAUCGAGGCCCACUACCAGCCCUGGAGCUACAUGGCACACACAGGCUUCGAGAGUGCCCUCAACCUGCUCAGCCGCCUCAGCAGCCUCAAGUUCAGCCUCCCUGUGGACCUGGCUGUGCGCCAGCUCAAGAACAUCAAAGAUGCUUUUUGAUGAGAACACCCUGGCCCUGGCUCAGCACCUUGCUCAGUAGGGACACACAGUCUUCUGGGGUAGGAGCAGGGAGGAGGGGAAGGGCAUUUUUCCUUUGCCAAAUGACUCAGUCUAUUUCCCCCACCAGCUGAGUAUCUUAGGAAGAUACUCUGGGUACGCUCUUGUUAAAAGAUUCUGGCCCAGUGUGUCAUCAGCGCACUUGUGGGCACAGAUACUUGGACCUAUGGAAAGAAAGCAGUCAUUGGACACAGUUAAUACACCAACUCACCCCAUGACUGUUUCUUACAAAACCUAGUCACUUUAACUGUUUGUGGCAGUGAAUGACAAUAUCAAUUGAUCUUGAAUAUAAUCAAUUUCAGGCUCUGGUUAUUUCAGAGGUAUCUUCCCCCACUUGAAACAAGUAUGAUAGCACCCUAAGGCCAGAAUUUAAGUUCCUUUUAUGAAUACUGAGGCUCCUUUUUUCCUGACCUAUGUAUAGCACUCUUUAAUUCGUUCCCUCUAAAAGAAGAACUAGGGGGCCAGAGAGAUAAUACAGCAGGUAGCAUGCUUACUUUGUAUGCAGCCUACCCAGGUUUGAUCUCCAGCAUCCCAUAUGGUCCCCCGAGCACCACCAGGAGUGAUCCCUGAAUGCAGAGCCAGGAAUAAACCCUGAGCAUUGCCAGGUGUCACCCAACCCCUCCUUAAAAAAAAAUAGGAAUGAGGGUUUAGGAGAGAGCUCAAGUGGUAGAACCCAUUUGUAACAUGGUGAGAUCCUGGCCUCCUAAGGACCGCUGGGUGAGUCCACAGGGAGGCUGAACUUGAGGCCCAUCAACAGAACUUCUAAGGUAGUUAACCACAAAUCCAUUUGAAUAGGAGCUCUCUUUCACAUACAGGUGAGAACUGAAAUCUAGGUAGUUCCCUUCUCAUGACACAGAUCACAGUCUGGGAACUGGUGGUUUAUGAGGAAUGACAACCGUGGUCUGUAGCAUGUCCUUUGGUGAGGACCCUUUCCUCUCAUCACCUCCCAGGGUGACGGAUACAUCUUACCAGAAGUAAAUGUGUUUUUGCUAAAAUCAGGAGUAAAUGUGUUAGAGGUGUACCUCUUGAGACUACCCUUUCCCCGAAGUCAAAAACUGAACAGAAUGCACACUGGUGAUGCAGUGACUCCAGGCACACUUGCCUGGAGACUGGAGACUGGAUGAUGGAGGAGGAGGUGUGGGUCAUGUGGCAGGAACUGCAGCAGAUCACUGGGGACAAGGGUCUUUGUCAAACUGAAUCUACAAUCCAUCCUACUUGAUAAAAUCUUUUGGGAUUUUAGCCUAAGAUGUUCUUAUUUGUCAUUCAGUUUGCGUAUUGCUCCAGGACUGACCAAAGAUAGGCAGAAGGAAAACCAAAUGGGCUCUGAGCAUUACUGAGUAUUUGUGUGUUAAGUUGCCAGCUGCACUUUGUGUCUGCACCAUUACAUUUUAGUGCAUUUUAACUUAAUUUUGUCAAAAUGUUAUUUAAUAUGUAUAACUGAUAAUUCAUUAGAAUUAGGUCUGUAUGAAACAGGAUGAAUGUAAAAUGUUGUGAGAAAUUUUGUAAAUAUAUGUGGUUGCCAAUAAAAACAUAGUAUUUUGUGUAGCUUCUCUGCAGAGA